AUGUCACGGACAAAGUUAUUCGCCCUCAAGCAUCCUUACCCCCGCCAAUCCUGGAACAAACAAGCAGUCUACAACCUCUACCGCUACCGCAUGCCCCAAACCUCCAGAAAAACCUUCUACCAGCAAAAAUUCCGCGCAAAGCAAGAAACCCGUCGUUUCCACGGCGAAUACCUAACCGAACGAAAAUGGAACUCCAUGUUCCGCCACACCCUCCGCGGUGUCGUAAGGAUGAACCCCGCCAUCAUGGCAAAGGAUGACGGCAGUUCCGUGGUCAGCGGUAGAGGUACGGGUAUCGAUCCGAAACCUUUGAGAAUGGUGGAAUUACCCAAGGAUAUCGAACGUAGGAGGAAGGAGUUGAAGGAUGCGAAUCCGCAGCCUAUACCUUUUAUGCAGAUGACUUAUGCACCGUUGGAGAGGAGGCUGGAUACGGCGGUUUAUAGAGCUUUGUUUGCUAGUUCGGUUAGGCAGGCUAGGAUGAUGUGUUUACAUGGGAAAGUAUUCGUGAAUGGUGUCAAGAUGCCACACGCAGGAUACAUGUUAAACCCAGGCGACAUGUUCUCAAUCGACCCACUGCUGGUAAUGAAAGCCAUCGGCGGCCCGGAACGUAAACCCUUCAAACAACUAUCCACACAAGCAAAAUCCGACCUCCAAAAGGCAAUAGAAGAAGCCCAAUCCAAGACAAAAUCCUCUACAUACCUGAAAUCCUCCAACAAAAAAGUCCUAGCGGGGAACGCUGCCGCAGAAGUCGAUACGGAAACUUUCACCGCCGCAGGCGUAAAAUCCGAAUCCACCACCACCACCACCACCGAAACCGAAACCGAAGGCGAACCAACAACAUCAUCAUCAUCAUCAACCGAUAAAAUUGUUACCGAAGCAGGAGGAGACGAAGAAACAUCAGCCGGGAAUAAAAAAUUCCAUCUACCAUCCGAUUGGAGAACUUACCUCCCCAAACACCCCCGUUGGAAAAUCUACGACGAAUGGAGACCGAAGAGGUUUAUGAACUUGUUCGCUUUCAUACCCAGGUACUUGGAGGUGAAUCAUCAUAUCUGCCAUGCGGUCUAUUUACGACAUCCCGUGGCUAGGAGUGGAGGUGCUGAAGUGCCGAAUCCGUUCAAUGAUGGCGUUAUGCAAUUGGCUUUUAAUUGGUACUUGAGGAGGAGGUAG